CUGGAGCCCAAAACGCAGGCCCAUCUCCGAAGUUAUCCAGUCCAAACUCGAAAAGACGGAGAAACUCGUCACUAUCGCGGUCGGAGAGUCUCAGCCUCCCAGAGCUCCGUCUACUGUUCAGACUUCAGCCGUAUAAAUCUCGAGCUCUCGUUCUUACCUUUGGAAAAUGAAGUUUCUGGAUUGGUAUUUGAAGAUCGCAUUCGGGUCGGCUCUGGUUGGAGCUUCCAUGGAGUUUUUCAUGAUCAAGACCGGCUUCUAUGACAAAGUAACUGUUCUGGAGUCAGAGAAACGGGCUUAUGAAAAUUCACCGGAGGCCCAAGCUGUCAGGGAAGCUCUCAAUCCUUGGAGAAAUCGUGAUGCAGAAGCAAGCAAGGAAUCCUAAGUUGGAUGGCUGCAUGUUCACAAGGAAGAAGAUAACAGUAUUAGCAGGAGAUCAAUCUGAGAAAUAUUGUAAAAGAUGACAUCGUUUCUUCUAGUUGAACAACGUUAGAGGUGACCUUGAUUAUCCCGAAAAUUAUUUCAUUCCUCUUAUUUAUGUAACGUAUCGUUCUUGUCCUGGGGAACAUGAUCAACAGUUUUUGAAUGUAUGUAGCCAUUUUGGUUGGUUCUUCCAGUACGCAUCUAUAGUUUGCGAAAAAUUUAUGUUA